GGAUGGCUGCCCCGACAAGCCACGCCCUCCGGAGUUGUGUUGCCUGCAAAUCCAAGAAGCGCCAGUGCGAUAAGCUUCUCCCAAGCUGUUCAAGAUGUAUCCGGGUAGAACAACCAUGCUUGUACAUGGGAUAUAUGGAACUUGUCAUAAGCGAAAGAUGUGAAGUGAAGUCUCCGUUCGCCUGCCUGACAUGUAAGAAGGCAAAGCGACCUUGUAGUAACGAUAUGCCUCGAUGCUCUCGAUGCACAAGGCUGGACUUGGCGUGUGAGUAUAAUGUCAAACUAGCCUACAUACAGAACACCCUACCCCCAGGGGAGGGCCUUCCGUCUCGGGAUGGGUCUCUAAUAGCACCCAUGACUGGCGCUAUUAGCCUCCCAUAUACCGAACCUGUCACGUUGAGGCCAUAUACCGAACCUGUCACGUUGAGGGUCCUUGAACCAACACCCGGGCACAACUACCCUAUUGAGGACAGGACAUACACCUCAAGCCUGAUCAACCACUUCUGUUCAUAUUCAUUCGUGCCCAUAUCCUCUACAGUCCGAAACAGCCUGGCCGUGCAUCUCCGGACCGCGUGGAUGCGCCAUGCGAUGGUGGACCCAUGCCUGUUCCACAGUACGCUGUUUAGCGCGUCAGCGCAUAUCGAUAACCUCCACAACGUUCCAGAAAGCCGCCAGACAACUUAUCACAGUAUGCAGACGGUGAGAUUACUUCGUCAGAAAUUAGAGGAUCCAAUAACCCGGGGAAAUUAUGAAACCGCAGCUGCAGCUCUAGCAUUGGCGCUGUUCAAUAUGCGCUUGGAUCGUCAUGAGAUCGCUCUGACCCACAGAAGUGGGCUAAUGAAAGUGCUGGAAUUUCUCAAGGGAGACGGACUGCAUCUCGCAGAACUCGUUUCUUUAAUCAAGAUGAUGCUCCUCGUUUUCUCGAUGAUUGCCCCUCAAGAUCCUGCGUUUCCUCUAUGGGACGCAGGAGCAGCACACGGCCUUGUUUACUCUACGCCGUCACUUGCUCCCACACCAUCCGGUAUACUCGAGAGUAUCCUUGGAAGAGACGCACUCGCAGGCGACACUUCAGCUCUAACGAGUUCGGCUCGGUCCACGAUACAAGGAAUCAUCAACUACAUUGUCGAUCAUUCUCAAAUGACCCAUGGAACGACCCACGACCCACAAAUUCCCACACCGCAUGCCCGCCCUGCCGAAGCAGUCAAAGAUACUACGAUCUUACAGUCAUCGUCCGACAUAGGACAAGAAUCCCAACAUACAGCAACCACACGUGACAUGAAUAAAUGUCUCCAAUACGCCGCCACACUUUUCCACCACAUGCUCGGCAACUCACAACAAACUGCAGCAGCAGCAAUAACACCCAGAGUCACCACAACGAAUCCACCACCCAACUCAAGAGACGAGUUACUCAACCUGACAAGGCUUCUUCGGAGCGUCGGAUUCACUGCCUGGCUGCAACAUGCCCCAGAGGGAUAUAUAUGGAUCUGUCUAACUGCCGCUGCUUCAGCAGUGGACACGAAUUCCCGGAGCGGGUUCAUUAUGAUGGCCAUGCCAGUUCUUCUGGCGCUGGAGACGACGGAGCUUGCUGUCACUCGACAGGCCUGGGUCUACUUCAACUGGUUGGAGAGGGCGCGUAAUUUGUGUCAUCAGCAAUCGGUCGAGGAGGAGGGCUCACCGUGGGCUGGGCCAGUAUUAUAUCAAUCGGUCUAGCAGAGUGGUCAUAUCGAGACUCAAGGAUCUAUGCGUUGAAGAUUCUCUACCUAUGUCUCAAUCAGAUAACAUUCCACGUCCUCAAGCUCCGGUGUAUGGCCGAUUCUUGACCUAAUUGCAACUCGCAGCCAGUGUCAUCGGCUACGUAAAUCGGUAAGUAUUAUAGUAGACGGCGCGAAAAAAGGAUUUACACUGGACACAGGGAGUAACAAUUACCUAUAACACCUGAACACAUGAAGCAAGACAAAGUCCCCGCCCAGUACCAUGAACUGCCCAACAGCAAUCUGCACAGCAGCAAAUCUGUCUGGUACGUUAGCAAGAUUAGGAAACAGGGGGUUAUGUGCCAUUGAAGCCGCAAAUAUCUCAACGCGCCAUGCGUUAGCCAGGAUACCCGGUGAUGAUGGCGAACCCAAUGUUGUAGAGGAUGAUAAUGACCAAUCUCGAUAUCUCACUGUUGCAAAGUAUAGUACCAACAUCGAGCUUGCAGGUAGCAUUGCUGAAGUUACUAUACUGACGAUUUUGGUGGCUCGCAUGAUCUGGGCCUCGUCAUUGAUCUGUAGCACCCCUAACUCAAUAUCGGGC